AAACCUAGGCGAGCUGAGUCUAACCAUUACCCAUCUCUGCCUUUCAACGAGACACCAGAGUCCAUGGAGCAAGAGAGAGUGGCCCUCUUGUCUGAGGUAAAGAAAAGGAACAAUGUCCAAACAAUAAGACAGAAGAUGGCUCGGACGUUCGCAUUUCGGAGGCAAGAAAUUGUCGACAAGAAAACAUCUUUGCACGAAAUGAUCGAGAGAUGGCCAGCACUCUUCGAAGUUCAAGAGGUGAAUGAAGAAUUCAUCAGAGUAACCACAAUACCCCUUGAAGCAAGGUUCAUGCAGAAACUUGACGAGAAGUGCAGUGAACUAAUUCAAGUCGUCAGAAAGAAGGGUGGAGCUAUCCGGGAGAAGACAAAGCUCCUGCCAUUUGUGGAAACGGAUACUGACACCACUACAAAGAGGGAGAUUGCUCUCAAAUGUCUCAUCCUCAACAUGGGAGAAUCGGUGGAGGACCUGAUCAAAGAAUUCCUGGUGUCGGAGAAGGAUGAGGCUGGACAAAUUCUUCAGCGGGAAACCAUCGCAAUCUUCGUCAUCAGAGAUGCACAAGCCGCAACCGAAGACAUUGGCAUCAUUCUUGAGGGACAAGAGGUUGUGAAUAAGUUGGCGUCUGUUGCAAAUGCUGUCGCCAUUCUCCUGGGCUUCCUUUAUGCUCUCAAUCUGGAAUAUCCCAAGACAUUAAAAUUGACAUUUGAAUAUAUCCAGAAAGUCUUCAUGGAGCUGGACCCGAAAGGCAUGGCCACCAAGGUCAAGAAGCUCUAUGACCAGCUCUACAAUAGAGCUUAGUUCAGGUUUCCUACACGUCCAAGUUUUCCAGUAAUGGAAAAUUAUAAAGACAAUAACAAGUCACAGAAAACGUAUGUGACUGUCCUGGAGAAUGAAAAGGUUACACACCUGUUGUGUGACUAGUUAUGGUUCGUCAUUCUGAAGUUCAACUGUUUGAAAAUAUAAAAACUGUCAUAGCAAUUACCCUGUGGCACUGAUGGGCUCUGCUCUGGCUGGUAGAGUACGCAAGUUGCGUACGCAUUUGGUUUCAAAGGUCAAUAUGUUUGGCUGCCAGCUCUUCAAAGUUCCAAUCUGACCCUUGAGAAACUUGACUGUUUUCUGGCAAGAAUUAUUUUUCAUUUUUAUGCCUUUAGGCAUACAACUGCGGUGCAGUUUUUCUAUGUAUUUUAAAUUGUUACAUUUUAUUUGAACAAUGCAGAU